CAGAGUAUCUGCCAAGCUCGGGCGUCCGUGAUGGUCUACGAUGACACCAGUAAGAAAUGGAUACCAAUCAAACCUGGCCAGCAGGGGUUUAGCCGCAUCAACAUCUACCACAACACUGCCAGCAACACCUUCCGGGUCGUGGGAGUGAAACUACAGGACCAGCAGGUUGUGAUCAAUUACUUGAUCGUCAAAGGGCUGAAGUACAAUCAGGCUACACCCACCUUCCACCAGUGGCGAGAUGCCCGUCAGGUAUACGGCUUAAACUUUGCGAGCAAGGAAGAGGCCACCACCUUCUCCAACGCCAUGCUGUUCGCCCUGAACGUCAUGAACUCCCAGGAAGGAGGCCCUUCCACCCAGCGCCAGGUGCAGAAUGGCCCCUCUCCUGAUGAGAUGGACAUCCAGAGAAGGCAAGUGAUGGAGCCGCAGCAGCGUCCCGAGUCUCUGGAGAGGAGGGCCUCAGCCACAGGACCCACCCUCCCACCUGGGCACCCCUCAGUAGCAGCCAGUGGGCCGCUCUCGUGUAGCGGGCCUCCACCCCCGCCUCCGCCCCCUGUCCCACCACCACCCACAGGGGCCACCCCCCCACCGCCACCACCACUGCCAGCAGGAGGCGCGCAGGGGGCCAGCCAUGACGAGAGCUCCGUGUCGGGACUGGCCGCCGCCCUGGCUGGGGCCAAGCUGCGCAGAGUCCAGCGGCCAGAAGAUACAUCUGGAGGCUCCAGUCCCAGCGGAACCUCGAAGUCGGACCCCAACCGGGCGAGCAGUGGGGGUGGAGGAGGAGGCCUCAUGGAAGAAAUGAACAAGCUGCUGGCCAAGAGGAGGAAAGCUGCUUCCCAGACCGACAAGCCCACAGAUAGAAAGGAAGACGAGAGCCAAACGGAAGACCCCAGCACCUCUCCAUCUCCAGGGACCCGGGCAGCCAGCCAGCCUGCCAGCACCUCAGAGCCCGGCCGGAAGCCCUGGGAGCGGAGCAACUCGGUGGAGAAGCCCAUGUCCUCCCUGCUGUCCAGAACCCCGUCUGUGGCAAAGAGCCCCGAAGCUAAGAGUCCCCUCCAGUCUCAGCCUCACUCUAGGAUGAAGCCGGCCGGGAGCGUGACUGACAUGGCCCUGGACGCCUUCGAUUUUGACCGGCUGAAGCAAGAGAUCCUGGAGGAAGUGGUCAGAGAGCUUCACAGGGUCAAAGAGGAGAUCAUCGAGGCAAUCAGGCAAGAGCUCAGUGGGAUCAGCACCACAUAA